UCGUAAUUUCUGUGUAGAGUAGGCCUAACUCAGCUGUUCUCGUUGUUCUCAUCUCAGGCACUUCGUCUUCGUCAAACGUAAAAUACGGUAUUUUUUGUACAGUGCUGUUAUUUGGGAAUUCAUUAUCUCACUAACAUUGAAUUUCUAGCCAAGAAUCUUCAGGAGCAAAGGAGGCAGAUUAAGAUUGCGACUAGUCUAGCUAGGUCUAGGACAAAGUGGGAGGAAGAAGAAGAAUAUCUAGCCCGACCUUGGCUUGACUUGAGCUCACAAGGACGUACAGCUACGCUGCCCCGCCGUCCACUGCACCGCCUACCGACCGGUACCGAAGGCGAAGCGAAGCUCACGCCGCGCCGCUGCACUGCUUCGCAUUCAAGGCCAAGGGGUGGUAUUCUAAAAAAUCUUGAGUUAAUUAAUUCUACAAACACGUCCUACAGCAAGACAAGAUGGUGAAGAUACGAUACACGAUGCCAUUUUGGAGAUUCAGUACAUUUGCAAGGUUUCUGGUGUUCCUGGAUGGUGCGCUAUCCCUUGCUCUAUGGGUGACGGGCGGUCAUACAGCCUACAUGGAGAGCAGUGUCAUGCACUGGACUAUCCUGGGCUCCAUCUUUGAGCUGGCCUGCCUGGGUCUGUUCAAGAUGCUGUUUGUCUUCUACGCCUUCACCAAGAUGGAAGACGUCUCCCUGGCUCUCCUGGACUUCCCCUUUGACGCAUCUCUCAGAUCCUGUAAGAAAUCGAGCCAUAUCUUCACCAUCUUCUUCAGUCUCCUCAGCUUGGCCUACACAGCCACCAAGGGUGGCCUCGUCUUAAAUGCCAUUCUCAACGAUUCAUCAUAUGAACCGAUGCAUGUUACCUACAACGCCCUGGUCAUCUCUUCAGUUGUGUUCUCCUUCUUGGAGUUAAUCACAGCGUUGACAGGACCUCACUUCAUGCGUAAGCUACAGCUCAUCCGGAUUGAACACACAGUCAAUGACGAGGAUGAGGAGAAGGAGAAGAAAGGGAGCUCAGCUAAUCUGGGCAGAGUGUUGGCUCUCGCCAAACCUGAAGUAUGGUUGAUUUCGCUAGGAAUGGUGGGUUUGAUUGGGGCAAGUGCAUCAGCCAUGGCAGCCCCCCUCUUCUUUGGGAGAGUGGUGGAUGAGGCUGUCACUUCGACUUCGAUGGCCGGUGUGAACAAAGUCGUACUCAUCUUAUUCCUCAUCUUCCUUGGGGGCGCCAUUUGCUCUAUGAUCCGCUCGUGGUGCUUCACGCUCGCCGGGACGCGAGUGGUCUGCCGUCUGAGGAACACCCUGUUUGCUUCCAUCAUCAGGCAGGAGGUGGCGUUCUUCGAUACGAACCGCACGGGUGAACUCACGAGUCGGCUCUCCUCCGACACUCAGGUGGUGCAGAAUGCCGUCACGGUGAACAUUUCUAUGCUUGUGAGAUACUCUUUUCAAAUUCUGGGGUCGAUCGCAAUCAUGUUCAGUCAAAGUGCCGCCCUUACUGGUGUGUUACUCUCUGUAGUCCCUAUCAUAGCAAUUGGUGCAGUGCAGUAUGGACGAUAUGUCCAGGUAAUCCAGAAGAACUUUCAGGAUGCUCUUGGUGAUGCAGGUACUGCCGCAGAGGAAGCCCUGUCCAGCAUCAGGACCGUACGCUCAUUCAUAGGAGAACCCAAGGCCAUUCAAAGCUAUGAGAAAGAGAUUGGCAAGAGUUAUCAUUACGGCAAGAGGAUCGCUGCGGCAAAUGGUGUCUUCAAUGGCAUCGUUGGACUAGUCAUGCAGGGAGCUAUAGCACUUGUGCUUUGGUAUGGUGGCAAGUUGGUGUUUUUGAAUAAUCAAGACCCUACACAUACACAAGGCAUUACUGUUGGACAGCUUACAUCUUUCAUGCUUUACACUUUGAACGUGGCCAUGGCCUUCGCCUUCUUGUCUGCCCUCUACGGUGACUUCAUGAAAGCCGUAGGAGCGUCGGAGAGGAUCUUCAUGUUGAUGGACAGGAAACCGGAGAUCCCCGAAGAGGGAGGCCAAGAGAUCAUGGACUUUACCGGGGAGAUCUCUCUUGAAACGGUCACUUUCACUUAUCCAUCAAGACCAGAAACUAAGAUAUUACAGGAUGUCAGUUUUGAGGUACAGCCUGGUCAGAUGGUUGCCCUCGUAGGUCCAUCAGGGGGAGGCAAGUCUACCAUUGUCAAUCUAUUGGAGCGAUUCUACUUUCCAGAUUCUGGACAAGUCAAAUUCAGUGGUGUCGAUCUAGCAAGCCUUGAUCCAAGGUGGUUUAGACAAAGGGUCUCAUUAGUGAGUCAGGAACCAGUACUCUUUGCAUGCUCCAUCAGAGAUAACAUCUCGUACGGCAGGAGCGCUACAGAUGAUGAGAUCUAUGAAGCAGCUAAGAUGGCCAACGCACAUGAGUUUGUGACAGGUUUCGAGGAGGGGUACGACACCAUGGUCGGUGAGAGGGGGAUCAUGCUCUCGGGAGGUCAGAAGCAGCGACUGGCCAUCGCUAGAGCUCUUAUUAUGGAUCCUACGGUACUAUUGCUCGAUGAGGCAACGAGUGCCUUGGAUGCUGAGAGUGAGCAUCUGGUGCAGGAGGCUAUCGACAGGGCCAUGGUAGGGAGGACAGUGCUCGUCAUUGCUCAUCGACUCUCCACGGUCAAACAUGCAUCUCAGGUGAUCGUGAUCAAGAAGGGCAAGAUUGCUGAGAAGGGUACCCACCAGGAGCUACUUGACAAGGGCGGGGUCUAUAAGAAACUGGUCCUGAGGCAGCUUAGUACCGGUGGUGGGGGCGGGGCCGAGAUGGUCUCCAACGAGAAGAAUGGUAACAUUGAUGAAGAAUUGGAUGAUGUAGAUGAGGCGGAUGAAGAUUAGAUUAGUUCUCUAGCUUUGAUGUCUCGGGAGGACAAUGGACCAAUCGGGGAAAUUUUUAUUAUUGAAAUUGAAAUGUUGCUGUGGAUGAGAGGAAGAUUAGGUGUGAAACUAUGAACCAGUUUGGCAAGUUUGAAAUUGGAAAUGGAAAUUGGAAAUUGAGAUCGAAAUGUAGUGUGGACAAUUUGGAUGAAAAUUGAGAAAUGGAUCUUUGAUGUCUUGGGAGGAGAAUGGAUCAAUAUAGCAAAAUUUGAAUUUGAAUUUGAAUUUGAAAUAAAUAUGAGAUGGAUUACGACUGAAAAUGACAUAUCAUAUCUAAUAUCAAAAUAAACAAAAUUUACCAUUUAAAUUUAAAUUCUAAUUCAAAUUUGAAUUAGAAAUCGAAAAUGUUGCUUUGGGUAAAGAUUGAUGAAGAUUAGAGAUGGUGCAAUAAAAAAAAAGAAUAAAUAUGGUUAUUUUGAAAAUAGAAUUUGAAAUUGAAAUGUUGCUUUGGAUGAGAUGAAGAUUAUCAAAUGAUAUCAAAUGAUAGAGGAGAAGGGACCAAUAUGGAAAUGUUAACAUUGAGACUUGAAAUUGAACUUGGAAUUCAAAGUUGAAUUGGAAUUGGAAAUGUAGAUUUUGAUAAACUGCAUGAUGAUGAGAGAUGGAGGAGAAUGGACAAAUAAUGUAAUUAUAAGAUUGAAAUUGAUAAUGAAACAUAACAAAAUUUAAAUUUAAAUUUAAAUUAUAAUGUAACUCGCUUAGGAAUGUCAGAGAUGCAGCUAUCGAUUUAUCGAGAAGAAUGAAUCAAAUAGUAAUUUUGAAAUUAAUUGAAAUUGAAAUGAAUAAUUGACAUAUUUAAGUAUUUGUAUGUAACUUCGGAUUGAAUAGAGGAAGAUUUGAAAAUCGACCUAUCAUAUGUUUAGAAGAGUGGACCAAUAUGCUAAUUUUACAUAUGAAAUUAGAAUUGAAAAAAUUAAAUUAAACUCUAGCUGUGUAUCAGAUUUAUUAACUGGUAAAUUUGAAAUGAUAUCCAAGAAUUAAUUUGAUUUGGAUUUAGGUUAACAAAAUUUGCUGCCUUUUAGAUCGAUUGUUCCAGGGUAAAACAAUUAGAUUUCGGAUUUCAGCAAUUUGUAAUUUAAGUAAAUGUUAAUUUUCCUGGAAUAGGUUGUGGGAAAUUGUGCUGCAUGUAAGUAGAUUAAACAUCUGCAUAUUUUUUAAUUUUAAUGAAACAAAACACAUUCUCUUGAAGAGCAGUGUAUAAAAGCUCAUUUGCUUAAAGGAGUGAAAGUACACUUGUAUGCAGUUGAUGAUUAUGUAACAAUAGCAGGAAAUAUUUCUGAUUAAUCUCUGAUACUUUGCCUGUAAUUGAUGAACCUGGUGCAAUAAAUUACACAGCCAGUGAAUGUAAAAAGGAAAUUAUAUUAGCACUGUGAAUUUUAAAUAUAUAAUUGCUCUCAUGAGAAUAUUGUUACAUACACUGUUAUAUCUGAUGUAAUAUUAUUUACAAACACUGUUAAAUUUUUACAUUCACUUUUACAUGAUUGAUAUGUGACUUUGUUAUAAACAGUGAUGGACAACACUGUUGCAUGAUAAAUCUGAUGUAACAUUGUUACAUCUGAUGUGACAUUGUUACAUCUGAUGUGACACUGCUACAUCUGAUGUGACAUUCUUACAAACACCAUUACAUCUUACAGUAUGUAACAUUGCUACAAACACUGUCAUAUCUGAUGUAAUAUGUUUACAACCACUAUUACAUCUGAUAUAACAUUGCUACAAACACUGUCAUAUCUGCUGUCACAUUGUUACAUACACUGUUACAUCUGAUGUAUUGCUUUAGAUAGCUAUGUUAACAAUUUAGGAGAUGAGGUAUGACCACUGGCUAAUUGACAGUAUGAAAGCAUACUAGGUCCGUGAUGAAAGCGUGGUUAGGAAUGACUAAAUCGAGUUGCCAAGAUAGAAUAAAAUUAUAAGUAGGUUUUGCUCUUUUAUAAAAUAAACUGAUAUACCAGUAUGUUAUGAGUUUUGAUUAGCCAAGUGUUUUAAAGACAUCUUUGUGGGACAUGUGAACCAAAAUAAUUCCUUUUUUGUUUGUUUCCAUAUUAGGUGGAGUUUUUGUAAUCGCAAAAGCAGUCUGACCUUUGCAAGUGAAUGUCAGAGUGAUGUGGCAGGUUACAUGUGAUUUUGGGGAUGCUUCGAUUAUUUUGAUGGGAUAGAGUAAGGUAGGGUAUUUUUAAUGGAAGUUGCGCAUCAAGUAAUGAUGAAGCAGCAGUUUUUGGGAGGUGGUGAAUCAUAGAUCAUGCUGACCCCUACUCUGAUGAUAA